AUGACGGUCGCCGAGACGCUGACAAAUCUCCUGGCGGCUCCCAUAACUGAUAUAAGGGAUGUGAAAAUGUCUGGUAAUUGGAUGUGGGCAGCGAAAUGCGAAGGCGAAGGUGUUCGAUUGGUCGAGGCCUGUGAUGCUCUUUGUGAGGCCCUGGAACACUGGUUUUAUCAGCGUAUGCGCCAUGCCCUGACGUUACACCACAGUACUCUACACGCUGAUUCAAGGACCGAAGGAGCUGGCAGUGACUGCACGAAGAUCAUUUAUGUUCGUAUGGGGAGUUCGCUGAAGUACAAUCGACUCGGUGGCUCGGCUCUUGCUCAAGUUCUACGCCAGGUAGGAGACGAUGUCACCAGAAUUGUUGAAAUCUCGUUGAUUGAUUGGGCCCAGACCUUUCACGGCAAUUCAGAACGGCAUGACUCAGUGGACGGUUGCGAUGCUUGCUCAGUGCAUGACGUGUCCGAUGGUGGUUUUAUCACCGCACUUCUGGAGAUGUCAUUUGCCGAGCCGAUGUCGUUCCUUUUUGCCGAGGAGGCGGGUGUAUUGCUGGAGGUGGAGAACCAGCACCUCUAUAAAAUUGUUGAAGAUCUCAGAGCUCAUACGGAUGUCAUGGUCGUCGGUGAUGUCUACCCACAAUAUGGACCGGACGCUACGAUUGAAAUAAUCCUAAAUGAUGAAGUUGUGAUCAGUGAAGGCCUUGUGGCAUUGCGGGAGGUUUGGGAGGAAACGUCCGAUCGUCUAGGGCUAAUGCAGACAAACGCCAAUUGCCUGAAGGAGGCCAAACAGGUACGAACGACCACAAAAACUGUGUCGUACUCUGCUCCAUUCGAAUGGGUAGCACCCAACCCUCUACCAUACCUGAUGGGAAUGAAAUCCGCGCCUCGAGUGGCGAUUAUUCGAGAAGAAGGCUCUAAUGGUGAUCGUGAAAUGGCGGCCGCUUUCGCUUUAGCCGGGUUCGAACCGCAUGACGUCACCAUGACAGAUCUUCUAGCUGGACACAAACUUGAUCCGUAUAGGGUUGUGGCAUUUGUCGGCGGGUUCUCCUAUGCUGAUGUGCUCGGUUCGGCCAAA